CCACAGGGUGUGUUUUAAAGUGCAGGGACACUCUUUACUGAAAGCUGCUUUCAGUCAUUUUAUCAGAUAAUAAACAUAAACUAAUCAGCAGUUACACAUUUAUUAUUUUUGCUUUAUUGCUGCUUCUGCUCUCCUGAACUUUCACUCCACUUCCUGUAAAGACUCGGUGAUGCACUCGGUGAUAUGUCCUGGACGUCGAACCACAAGAGUUUCUAUGUUCUGAAGAAACGAUCUACAAUUCCUUAAAAUCAACUCUCCUAGGAGUUGACCAUGAGCAACCCAUGGGUCCUGAAAGAACUGACCGAUCUAAAAAACUCUCGAUUUGGUCGACCAUAUCCAAGACAUGGCCUCAAGCUGCUGUACUGGUUUGCGAACGAGUUUAUGUUUUUUAACAACAACAAUAAGAUGUAUUGCCAGUACAAUCCAAAAAAUCAUGUUUAUGGCUUUCAUCGAUUUAAGAACCGAAACGACAAAAAUGGUGUUAAACUCCUGCCUGAUGCCAACCUCACCUACUACGUGGUGGGCAACUUGAACAGCGAAGGAGCAGAGGACCUGCCCGAUUACGUCCGGGAAGAUUACAGAGGCUUUCUAAAUGGUAGCAACAUGGACCGCAUCAUCGUCAGUGUGGAUGAUCAGUCUAUAGAAAGUGUCUAUGUGACCGAGCACAGUGAUCGGACAGAUUUCGACAAGGAAGCCACCUUCUUCGUCAGCAAGGAGCUCUUGAUGAUUAUCAGGGAGAUGACCUUCGAGGAAUUUCUCUUAAAAUCUGGGUAUUCAAGCACGGGACAGGACUACGGUCAGAAAACUGGGGUUUCGAAGCCACAAGUGAACUACAGUCAGAGAGCUUGGUUUUCGAGUCCACAAGAAGAAAAAGGUAAGAGAGCUUGGUUUUCGAGUCCAGCCGAGGAAGACCAAGGUCAGAAAAAUUUGUUUUUGAGUCCAACAGAAGAAGACCAAGGACAUAAAAAUUGGUUUUCAAGUACAGCAGAUGAAGACCAAGUUCAGAAAAAUUGGUUUUCGAGUCCAGCAGAUGAAGACCAAGUUCAGAAAAAUUGGUUUUCGAGUCCAGCAGAUGAAGACCAAGUUCAGAAAAAUUGGUUUUCGAGUCCAGCAGAUGAAGACCAAGUUCAGAAAAAUUGGUUUUCGAGUCCAGCAGAUGAAGACCAAGUUCAGAAAAAUUGGUUUUCGAGUCCAUUAGAUGAAGACCAAGGUCAAAUAAACUGGUUUUCAAGUCCAGCAGAAGAAGACCAGGGUCAGAAAAAUUGGUUUUCAAGUCCAGCAGAAGAAGACCAAGGUCAGAGAAACUGGUUUUCAAGACCACAAGAAAACAACAGUCAGAGAAGUGGGGUUUCCGGCCAACAAGUGAGCACUGUUGAAAGUACUGUGGAGGACGAGAGCAGCAGAUUUUGGGAUGAUAAUGAAACAACUAAAUGCUGCAGAUGCGUCAUACUUUAGACUGUGUAUGUGAUCCAUCAUUACACAAACUGAACAUGAAUUUGAACCAAUCACAUGAUUUCUGUCAGUUCUACAAAGUCCUACAACAGCUAAUUUAUUUGCAUUAUUUGAAUCUGUAGAAACCAAAGAUCCCACACAAUAAGUGAUAUUUCGAGAAUUAUCAAAUCCCUGCAAUAUUUUAAUCCAAUUUUUUAUGCAAUGUUACUACAACUGUUUUACUUCUUGUACCACAGCACUGUCAAAUUCUGGAUUCUGAUUGGUCAGAAAGUGUUGAUUAAAUAUCUAUAACAAAUCACAGUUUUAUAUCAGGAUGUUACACAUGGACUUAUAUGAAGGUCCUUUAAGCUAAUCUUAAUAAUAAACUGACUUUAAAACAUGUUUUAAUCAAAUGAAAUAUCUGAUAAGGAAACAUUUUCUGUUAAGAGAUAUAUGAACACAACAUUGGGAGUAAGGAAGGAGUCUCCAGUGUCAGUUAGAGAUAAAGCUAAUAGUUUUUUAGACAUGUGUUUAGUCCUUUUUUGUCUUAUUAGCUUCAAGAAUGGGAAAAGAGAGGCUGUUAAUUA